AUGCAUGGUACGCGUUCCAAACAAUUGAAUUCGCGUGUCAAAGAAAAACCCAAGCAGUCGAGCAGAACGAUUUCGCCAGAGUUGAUAUUGCAAUGGUUGAAAAAUGAUCUUGGAUAUCGUCACAGACGUAAUCUGCUUGGCGAUUUUCCAGAAAAGGAAAUAACCACCGAGGAAAUUCAAAAGCUUUACCGAAAUGAAUUUGUUCCUAUUUUCAAAUUCCUCGUGGAACACAUCAAAUCUUCAAAGGAGGUUCUCCAAUAUAAAAAAUUAAAGAUUUCUCGUAAUACGCAUCACACUUAUAGAAAGCAAAACCAGUUGAUAAGAUCUCAUCAAUCGAAACGUAACAAGGAGGCCUUAUCAAAUGCGACCGAAGAGAAUUAUGUGAUUCGUAAAGCAAUGCUGGAUAAAAAGAUAGCGCAAAUCACGGCAAUUAUUGAGGAGGGAGAAAUGCAAACUGCACAGCUAAUUACGCGAAUUUCGGAUAUUGAACUACAGAAGCGACGCACCACGGAAGAAAUACGCGAAAAGUAUAAUAAGAUAUAUAUGAAAAAGGUAUUUCGAGAAAGUUGCAGAUCGAUCGAAGACGUUGAUAGUGGGUACCGGCGACUUUUCGAGGAGCUCAUGACGAAAAAAAGAUCAAAGAACGAGAUAAAUUCUGCAUUAACAGGAAUUGAAACAACUACCACGAUUAGGAUCAAGAGCAUCUGCGAUAAAUUAAAAUCGGUCGGAAAGAGUUCGGCAUUUAGGUUUGCAAGUUUUGUGAUGUUCAACGGGGAUAACAUCACAUUAUUCAUACUUCUGAAAAUUUCUAGCCAAUCUAACGCUGAUUACGGAAAAAAGGUCAAGAUUCGAUUUUUAAUAGAGGAUUUGAUUAAAACAACUUCACCCAAAGUGAUCCUCAAAUCUGUUUCGAAUGUAAUGAAGGCAGCAAACAAAGAAUUAAGUGCCAAGUCCCAGCGUUAUAUGGAGAAAGGUAACUUGGAUGGUUCAUCGCGCCAAGUUCAGCGACUGUUACAGAAAUGUCGAGAAGAUCAUGUAUCGAAAUUCAUUGAAGUUGAAGGCAUGCUGAACAACGUCUCAGAGAUUAAGGAAAAAAUAAAUAAAAUUAUAGAGUCAACUAAAUUAUUCCUGAAACAGCAUUAUUAUCACACUCCAAAUAUGGAAAAUAUAAUAGUAUCAUUUCUUGAAAAAAAGGUCGAAAAUGAGGCAGUAAAAGCAAAAUAUAACAGCGUUCUAAAUUAUGCGCGAACGCUUGAAUCUCGGUGUCAAGAUUUGAGUGUUUCUAGCGACAGACUUGCAAUUCUACUUGAUCGCAUUGUCAACCUAAAUGAGUUUACUGAAAAGAAACAGAAAAUUAUCCAGCGGCUGAUUUUUGUCAACCAACGUAUUAGGGCAGACAUUCCUGAAAAGUCGAAAGAGAUAUCAAGGUUUUUGCGAGAAGUUUCUCCUUUCAAUGAACAUCUCGAUAAACUAACCAAAGAUCUUGAUUGCACGGUAUUACGUGAGAAUGAGCAAUUUCAAAAUAUCGACUUGAAAUCGGCUUUGCAAGUUGAAUUGAACGGGUAA